AUGACCUCCAAACCGGGAUCACCAUUUCCAAGUGGCUUCGUUAUCACAACCCCACGCCUACGCAUCACUCCAUUGGACCCAACCAACCAAGCCCACUGUACAUUCCUAGCCCACCUCUGGAACACAGAUCUGUUUAUCCGCUCCUGCGGUCGCACGUCGGUGCUUGAUGCCAAAAGCGCAUCGGAAUUCAUCAAUACCCGCGUCUUAGCAGACUACGCGUGCAACAAACAUGGUAUGUUCCUCGUAUCACUUCAGGAUCAAGAUACCAUGUCGUUACAACCACUCCCGAUUGGGACCGUGUCGCUCUUGAAGGGUGCACCCCCAAAUCGGCAUUAUCUUGCGCCCGAUAUCGGGUAUGCGAUUUUACCUGAGAUGAAUGGGAAGGGUUAUGCGACCGAGGCAGCGAAAGGAUUAAUUGAGUGGGCGAAAGGAGAGCUGGGGAUUACAGGUGUCUUUGGGUUCUGUGAUGCUACGAAUCUUCAUAGUCGGAGGGUCCUUGAGAAGAUUGGGAUGGAGUUUAGGGGUAUUGCCGCAUUGGAGAUGUUUGGGGGUGCGGAGAGUGCGGUUUGUACUUUGCCUGGGAUGAGUGAGGAUUUAAGUGAUUAUGGGUUGACGGAGGAUAUUCGAAACGAGAAAUGA